AGCUAUUUGGGCUCAAGGGCCUUGAUGUGCAUGGGCUCUGGCCUCUGGGCCCAUCUGUCCCAGGUACUUAUAUACCAUGUCUUCAUGGCGCAAUCGAACGCCGCGAGAGCCGCUUUGUAACCCCAGUUGGCUCCCGUGUCCUGCAGCUUCCAGGAGCCACGAUGACAUCAACUACUUGUGGCUUACAUUCAAGGAUGCUGGGAUGGAGACCGGCUUCGCCAAGUCGCGCCAGCAGAAGUUGGCCGCAAGCAUGAUCAAGUGCAGCAUCGCAACAGGGGUUGGCUCGGGCGUGGUCCUCUUGAUGCAGAAGCCUUGGGAGUUUGGCCGCGAAUAUUACGUCAGCGACGAGGUCAUGCAAGUCAUGCAGCUGACGAACCUGAUGUUGGGCUCGAUCGUGCUCACCACCCUGCAGGUGUCUCUGGUGUUCUCUACCCCGUGCGUCGUCCGCAGAGCCAGCCCCGCCCUGCUGGAGAUCUUCUCUGCCUUCAUCGUCUGCCUCGCCAUGGUCCUGCUCCUGCUGAGCGUCCCCUUCUACGCCUCGAAGGCGCUGGGGAUCGACCCCGAGGAGCACCUGGAGCCCAAGUACAUCACCGACACCGGCCUGCUGCUGACCAUUGACGCGCUGAUCACCGGUUCCCACAUGCUGCUGCCGAUCCGGUUCUGCUUCAUCCUGAGCGUGCAGGUCGUCGGCUUGCUCACCUACGUGGUGCCCGCCCUGACCGUCGGGGCCGCCGAGUCUAACAAUGCCUUCCGCCUGCUCACCAUCUUCGUGGUCCUCGUUGGCCUGGCUUGCACGGGCAAGCGCGGCCUGGAGCUCGAGGAGAGGACCCAAUUCCUGACGGUGAUCCGCGAGAAGAGCUUGAGGUUCCAGUCGGACUUCCAGCUGUCAAGGUUUCAGCAGCAGCGCGCGCACACGCACCACGAUCCGUCGGAGUCGGGCAAGGACUCGCUGCCAUCAACGACGGAAUCGGGGAGGGUCUUCAGCGUGAACAAUGGCGGCAUCACCAAGGAUUUCAUGGAGGAGCUAGCGACCAUCGGAGGCAGAGAGCAGUGGCUCAUCAGGCCAGACGAGAUCACCCUCGUGCCUGGGCAACAGUUGGGGGAGGGGAGUUUUGGGAGGGUCUUCCUGGCCAGAUACCAGGGGACCCACGUGGCGGUCAAGGUCCCGAAGAUACGCACGAAGAGGCUGUCGGACAAUUCGCACCUGGUGGAAUUGUGCAAUGAGCUACGUGUUCUCAGGCGCGUGCGCCAUCCAAAUAUUGUGCUUUUCUACGGGGCGGCCUUGGACGACCAGAAUUGCGACAUGGCAUUGGUGAUCGAUUUCGUGGACGGCCUGUCCCUCCGAAGCUUCGUGCGGAGCGGGCGGAGGGAUGAUGGUGAUCACUCUGGUUCCGAGCCGCCCAGUGCCCUGCAGAGGUCUCAAGUUCUCGUCGACGUGGCGUGUGCCCUGCAGUACCUUCACUCGCGCACCCCUCACAUCGCCCACGGCGAUCUGAAAGAUAACAACGUCUUUGUGGAGGCGGUCCGCACCCGCGCCGCGGUUAGGGCGAAGCUCUUGGACUUCGGGCUGUCGCGCAUGCUGACGAGGCACGUCAAGCCCAUGGGUGGCACCUUGUCCUGGGUUGCGCCGGAGCUCCUGCGAACCGGGGGCAAGGCCACCAGUACGGCCGCCGACGUCUUCUCGUUCGGCCGCCUCGCCUUCUUCGUCAUCACCGGUCGGCUCCCUCUCAGGGGCACGGUGGCCAGGAGCUUCGACGAGAUGGUGGAGCAGCUGCUUGCACCCCUAGAGUGGCCGCCUGGCAGCUGGCUGGCUGGGAGGUGGCAGCCCGUGGUGGAGCAGUGCACCCGCGGGGAGGCCGCGGCGAGACUCGGGAUGCAGCAGGUUUACAGGCAUGCCGCGGACUGCCACGGCGCGCUGUUGGAGUCAGAGCCGUCGGAACUCCCGCUGAACAUCGCCCAGCUCAUCGCGGGGAGCCCAGCAAAUGUCAGCGCGCCAGCAACGGGCGGCGCGGGGGAGCCUCGAAGGUCCGACCGGGCCUUGCUCGCCGCUGCCAAGAAGGGCGCGGUGGACUCUGGCGACCCAAAGAGUUCGAGGACCACACUGUCUGGCUACGACCGCACGCCCGACAGCACGGCCAUCCUUGUGCUCUUGGACGCCCUCCUGAGCCUGAACCUGCAGAUUCCAGCGCAGAGCUGCUGCGAGUUCCACGGCUCUGUAAGGACCGCGGCGCAGCUGAUUUCGAGCCUUCUCCAGAACCGGGGAAACCCGUGCAAGCAUCAGAGCUCCUUGUGUAAUGAGGGAUCCCCUGUAAUCGGUCAGUGCUCUGAGUGCGGGGUCCUGCUGCGGCAGGGCGGGGGCGGGGGGAGCAGCAGCGCGCUCCCGCCCAUCGUCGAGUGCAACUUCUGUAACCACAACCAGUCCUGGAUGGCGGUGUGAGGGGUUUGCAUUGCCGCUGCUGCCUAUGAACGCAGAUGUACAGACUUAUGACUUACACGGGAAUCUGUGUAAGUUGUACAUGUGUUGGCUGAGCUAACGCACACGGCAUCAGUUGAAUCAGGGGCAGCUCCAGAGCGUAUGUUACAGCAGCUGCGGCAAGAUCAGCGCCAGAUCAGAACGUAGCAGCUGCGACAAGAGCAGCAGCUGCGUUGAGCACAACGUUGUCGACACUCAGAGCGAAACCGUCCUCAGCGCCGUUGCGCCAUUUGACGAUGAGGACCAGCUGAUGUGUGUUCAUAGGUGUGUCCAAUGAUCUUGGCGCGCUUCUCCAGGCCUUUUCCCCCGACUCCGGGACAUCAUGGCAACCCUGGUUGUUCACAUCCAGAGAUUCGAAUAAGAAAAAGCUGCAUCAACAUAAACGUUUGGCGCUCCGGGACCCAGCGCGGAUCCAAGAUAUCCGCGCGGAGCGCCACAGGUUUCUGUCUAUGCCGUUGUUUCUUCUUCCAGAAACGCAUGCGUCUCAUGGGUCUGCUGCUCUCUCGCCCGUCCUUGGCCCGAGGCGGGAAGCGGCUCCAUCCGCCAGUUCUCUCGAGCGCGUGCACGGCUUCUCCAGCUGGCGCCGAGUGGCGAACGUCCACCGCUCUGGCUGGGAGCUGUUGCUCUUAUCGGUAUGUAUGUGUUCUCAUUCCGGCAUAUUUUCCAAUUGGCCCCGAGUCGAACACGUCCACUGUUCUGCCUUGGCACUGCUGCUCUGAUGACUUGCUUUCUUGGUUCGGUCUCGAGCUCAUGCGCAGCUUCGAUCUGCCGACGAGUUGAGAACGUCAACCUGUGUGGCCAGGAGCGCGUGUUACCUCUAACGUUGUGCGCCGAGCGAAACAUGUCCACCGGGACGUCAUGUUUAAGGCGCGGUUUAGACCGAUUGAGGAGCGUCCCACGAGUGGUAUACUUUCACCAGCGUGGUGCAUCGCUUCCCAAAGAAA